AUGACUUCUUUCAACAAUGAAACCAAUGGCCAUAUUUCUAUUGACAGCGGUUUAACCUUGUCUCCUCUUGAUUCCACUCCUGCUUCUGUCAAUUCUGAGCCUACUAUGACAUCUACUGCCUUUGAUAGCAUUUCAGGAACUACAGCAGCCUUAGGACCAUUUGCUACAUAUGAAGACUGGAAUACUCAAGUUCAAAACUCUUUGAACAAAAAUGGCCUAGUUUAUAUUCCUUUUACUUCCAAAAUAGCUCACUUCAAGGGUCAAAGAGCUAUAAAUCAAGCCUUUUUGCUCAAAUUGACAAAUGCCUUGCUGAACAACAUUGCAAAUGAUAUUGAUGAGAGCUGGUUAAAUCCCAUAUUUAUUAUUGGUGGAUCACUCUUGGCAGAUGAAAGAUUGCGUCAACUAGGAAAACAAAAUCAAAAAGAGGUUUUAAACUGGGGUAUAGAUGGAAUGUUGGAUGAACCAUUGAUUUGUGCCGAUGGCCAACAUCGUCACUUAGCUGGUAUAAAGGCAAACAAAAAAGGCUGGUAUGCUCGUAUUAUAAACAGAGACUUAUGGCAAUAUGGCAUUGAGCACAGCUUUCUUAUUCCAUGGUCGGUUCUUCUCAAUGGUGUAGCAGAAGUCUAUGCACCAUCUUCAAAGCCCGACAAACUUCUCUCAAUAUUAUGCCAUGCAUAUUCCUUGCAUUGUAUCUAUUUUCUAGAUUCUUACAAAGUUGACAAAACUGCUCAGGCUACACAACUUGGACACAGUAUUGCUGUGUCUUUGGACAAUCACAAAAUGGCCUCAGAAAAACUACUUCUGGUGUUUGCAAGCUUCAUACUUGAUCCAAUUUAUCGUACUCCCAAGCAGUUUUCCAUUACUCGGCAUGCUUUGGUAUUGCAUAAACUGGUGGAUUUCUUGUCAGAAAAUCCUUGGGCUCGUGAAGGUGUUUUGCCUAUUAUAUUUCAGACCUUUGCAAAGAAUGGGUAUUAUUUUCCAAUGAUGAUUUUAGCUCAUGCUUCAGAUCAAUUUCGGGAGUUUCGUAAAGCUAAAGUUGGCUUAGUCAAUACCAUCACCAAUGGCAAGACAAAGAAGUUCAUGAAAUCUACAGUUGUUUCUAUCGAUACAUGGUUUGAGGAUAUGCCUGUCAAUUGCUAUUGGCUUGAUCAAACAAGCCGAGAAGAAGCACUUGAAAGGUUAAUUACCUUAACAACACCUAGUGACAAUUGUGAAUACCAAUAUUUGGAAAAUUAUGGACGAAUCAAUACCUACUUUCAACCAGGAAGUCUUCUGUGGCGUUCUUUUCUUAGGGGAGGAUUAGGAAAUUUGAUGUCAAAUGUACAUAAAUGCUCUUACAUUCUUGCUUAUUUGCUGACACCUAACUUUGCUGAACUCCACAAUGAGGGACGGACACUGCCCAAAGUUCAGUUAGAAGCUACUGGGAAGAUUUCAUUUUUCCAUUUAUUAUGGAGCCAAACAGCUGAGGGCUUCUUGAGGAUUGCAAUUGCACGUGAACAUGGACAAUUUCCAAAUUAUGAAGGCACUGCAGAUUUGGAAAUCUAUCAUUCAAGUCUAAAUAAGCCUGAAUACACUGAGAGGCUGAAUCAAAUUUAUCUCUAUUUUUCUCGUUACUCUAGCAAGCUUGUUGAAGAUGCCACCCUUAACAUCCUUGGUCUGCCUAAUCAAUAUCUCAAGAAUCCUAGCAAUUUUCAUUUCAGAGACACUACUGUUUAUCUAAACAGUAAUACACUUUCUCAAUUUCCUGAAGAGGAGUCAACCUGGAGAUCUUAUACUAAGAACUUGGCAACAAAUUCACUGGUGUGGUACCAUCUCUUGUUACUAUUGAAGUUUGAUCUUGGAAAACCAUUGACUUGUAAUCCGGCAAUGAUCAUUCCUCUCACACCUCCUACAUUCUCUUCUGAAACACCACAUUCUCAAGAAGCUAGUUCUAGUAGCCACCAUCUUGAUGAUGAUGAUGAUGAUGAAUUCAUAGAGGAUGAUCAAUCUAAAAAGCGAAAAAGAGCCAAUACAGAUCAAGGGCAGAAUAAAAAAAUCAACAAAGGCAAAGGCAAGAUGGUGGAAAAGAACAAGGACAAGGAAUUAGGAAAAGGCAAGAGUGUGGGAAAGGAUAAAGGAGUAGGAAUGGGAAAGGGAAAAGGAAUAGGAAAGGGCAAGGGAGUAGGCAAGGGGAGUAUCAAAAGCAUAAAGAACAAGAUUACAAAGCAAUGGGUGGAGAAAAUCCAAAAAACAGACCUUGUUUUUAUAGAUCCACCUGAAGGGAUAGUUGUAAAGGACUCCCCUUAUGAAUUUGGGUAUGGAAGGGUCCAAUCUAAUCAGCCACUGAUAAGAGCUGAAGCACCAGAGGCAAAUAUUGCACACAAGGAUUGUCUUGAUCUUCUAAACCAAUUUAAGGAUGCAAGACGCCUUCACCAAAUUUCUAGACUUUUACAAACUCUAUUGGUCACAGAAGCAUUUCAAUCAGAGCUCCGCAAGACAGAUCCUCAAAUCCCAGAGCCAAAAGAGCAUCAAGUAGCUUGUCUUGAGGCCUUGAAUACAGAAAGCGUCAAAUCACUCAAAGAUCUCAAAGGGCAUAUUAUGACUAAAGCGCUGAGAGAAUAUGUAGUGUCGGGUCGGUGGGCAGACAUUCAUACAGGCACCUUGAUGGUACAAGAUAUUUCUGAGGUGGACAAUGACAGUGAAAGCAGCCAGGUAGCAGACUCACAGAUGGACAUUGAUAUAGUUGACUCAGAUAUGGGCACUGAUAAUCAUGACAAUAAUCAUGAUAACAAUGAUGAGUAUAUCAAUGAUGACAAUAGUAGCAGUAGUGGUAGCAGUAAUAGUAGCAGUAAUAGUAGCAGUCAUAGUAGCACAGCUAUGAAUGUUAACUAG